AUGCCGUAUGAGUCUUUACACGCCGUGGUAAGCUGCGGAGUUAAGCCAUGGUUCAAUGUGUUUGUAGGGACCAGGGGCAGGGAAAGACGCAGGAGGUGGGGGUGGAGGUGGAGAAGCAAGUUGGGCAUACCGAUGACGAAGAAAAAGUUUGCAGAGCUCGAGUUGGGUUUGUUGCAUUUACAACAAAACGUGGAGAUUCCAGAGGCAAGUUUGGUUGUUCAUCCUGUGAUUCAACGGGCUGUUGAGUUGGCUCAAUCGCAAGGUCAACGAUCGAACAUUUCCCACAUCCCAUCAAAGCUCCUCACAGACAGCACAUUUCUCAACUCUCUCCACCUGCACGUCAACGCAUGGAUCAAAGCCAUCCAAGCAGUGACCAAGCUCACGAGAGACGUUUCCUCUGGUACGGCAUCGCAAGAGAUCAACUUCUGGUUGAGCCUCGAAAGGGCAUUGGAGGGGAUAGAGGUGCAGCUGAGGAGCGAGGAGGUGGGGAUGGUCAUGGAUGCACUGAGGAAUGCAAAGAGUGCACAAGUACACCAACUAAUGAAAGACUUUUCGCUCAACAACCUUCUCUUCUCCACAGACCUCGACAAAGUGCACGAAUCACUCACGCCCAUCUUCUCCCACCUACACAGAAAACUCAAGCUAUUUCCCUACCCAAUCCGUCGAAGCAAUCUCACGAGAUUUAUGAGGGAGGUAGCGAGGAAGAGGAGUGAGAAGUUUAUUCCGACAAAGGAUGUUCCGGCACAUGGGAAGCUUGUCGAAUGGGUGGGGUAUUUGAUGGAGCGGAGGAAGCAGCAUGAGCAGUUGGCUGUUAUGACGGGCCCGACGAGGGGGUUGGGGGUUGGCCUUGGAGGAGAAGGAGGUGUUGGAGGGGGUAUGGAUAUGGAGGAGGAGGUUAAGGAGGCUUAUGAGGUUGUCAAGCGGAUUGAUGUUUUGGACGUUAGUGUUGAAGGCACCGAGAUAUGGGUAACGAUUAUUGCAAGGCUCAGGGAUAGACUUGGCACGGCGCGCAAUGCGAAUGAGAUGUUUAGGGUUUUCUCGAAGUUUGAUGCACUUUUCGUUAGGCCAAAAAUUCGUGGUGCGAUACAGGAGUACCAGACACAACUUAUUGAUUCAGUAAAGGAGGACAUUAAGCACUUGCACGACAAGUUCAAAACUCAGUACCGCUUCUCCGAAGCCUACCACAUGGCUCAAAUGCGCGACCUACCCCCAAUAGCAGGAGUCAUCAUCUGGGCCCGCCAAAUUGAACCACAACUCCUUACAUAUAUGAAAGGCGUCGAAGACGUCCUCGGUAAAGGCUGGGAGCUCUAUGCAGAAGGUCAAAAACUCCAAUCUGAAUCCUCAGCAUUCCGCAAAAAACUAGACACCCGACCCGUAUUCGAUGCAUGGCUGCACGACAUCAACCGUAUGGGCGUUGGCGGGCGUUUAUUCGAGAUUGUCCGUUUGAGCCGAGGGGGGUUCCAGUUGGCGGUUAAUAUCGAUCCGCAGAUUAUUACCCUCUUUAAGGAGGUCAGGAAUUUGCUUUGGGCGGGCUUCCAGGUUCUGCAUGCGAUUACGAAUAUGGCGAAGGAUGCAAAGAGGGUUUAUCCGCUUGCUGUUAGUUUGAUGAAACUGUGA